CAACUAAACAUUUCUACAGAAUCGAAGCAUCUCUCAAAAAGACCUUUAAGUAUGUCAUUGACAAGAGAAAUUGAUGCUCUCGUCAGAAGGACAUGUAUGAUUUACUACAUGUAUGUAGUACUUAGGUACUUACCUACCUAAGUACCUAACAUGGUAGCUGCCUCUAAUAGAUCUUCAGCCGUUCCACAAACGGCGCUGCUGCCUUGGGAAGUCACGUUAAGACGCGCUAUUGUGGCAUCAAUUAGCAUCCAUCUUUCCUUGCUCGGCGUCGGUUGCCUGGAGAGAAAGUGCCACUGGGCGCGCUCAUUGUCAAUAUUUAUUCGACCUCAAUUGCUCCCAACUUCCUUUCAUUUCUCUCUCACAAACUCUCACAGACUCUCACAGACUCUCACACUAUCCUCGAAAAACUUACAUCUCUCCAUUCUUGUCUCAUCAUUCAAUUCAAUAUUAAUCACUUCAUCGAACCUAAUUAUCGCAUCGGGUGUUUUGCCAACGAGAAUAAAAGCAUAGCCCCUAUAAACCCUAUAAAGGCUAAAGAAUGCCACCUAGAAAGAAGGCCGCAGCAGCUAAACUACCUCCGCCACCACCAUUGGAAGGCUGCAGUAUAGCUAUUAGUGGUACAAUACCCGGCCACACCCAAGCCGCCAUCGAGCGAGACUUUAUCAAUGUUCUUGGUGCAUCUCUAGCCAAGUCUGUUACGGCAACCACUACACACCUUAUCAGUACUGAUUCAGACUACAACAAGCCUUCUAUAAAGGUUAAAGCUGCGCAGUCUCUUGACGUACCCAUUGUCACCUUCCAAUGGCUUGAGGACUCCCUCAACCAAACAGCUCGUAUGGCUGAGAGCUCAUAUGGCAUUGGUUCCUCUCAGUCACAAUUACUACCCCAGCCUCAAUCUCAGCCGCAAUCUCAGUCGCAAUCUCUACCUAUACAGACCCGUGGCACCAGAAAGCGAUCGGCGGCACAGAAACUUACACCUGAAGAAGAAGAAGAAGAUAACGAUAAGCAGGAGGUAAAACCUCAAGCCAAAAAGAAGGCCAGGACUUCGAAGACCGAAGCACAGAGCCAAGAAGACAAAGACCUCAAGGCUGAGGAAAAAAAGGUCAUUGUUGCUGAUGGUCAGAUUGCUAAAUCUCGAGACGUCAGAAUCCCUCUUGACGAGGGCGCUGACCGCCAGUACAAUAAUUAUGAGGUCUAUAUCGAUGACGACGGUGUCAUUUUUGAUGCCUCGCUCAACCAGGCCAACUCGACAGCCAACAACAAUAAAUUCUACCGUGUUCAGUUGCUUCGGUCUAUCAAGGAUCGUUUCAUAUGCUGGACUCGUUGGGGCCGAGUAGGUGAACAUGGCCAAUCCAAAGCCGUCGGUGAUGGAACACUUGACAGCGCUCUUCGUGAAUUCAACAAUAAAUUUAAGUCGAAGACUGGUCUUUCAUGGGUCAACCGCGGGGAGCAUCCAAGAUCUGGGAAAUACGCUUUCAUUGAGAAAAGCUAUGAACCAGACUCAGAAGAUGAAGAUGAUACGAAAGACACGAAAGGUGGUACUAUUAAAAUUGAGGAUGACGAGGAGCCCGAAUCAAAACUAUCUAAGCCGGUUCAGGAGUUGAUGCAGCUCAUUUUCAAUCAGCAGUACUUCGCAGCGACCAUGCGCGACCUUAAUUACGAUGCUGUGAAGCUACCUCUAGGAAAACUCAGCAAAACCACAAUUUCUCGAGGUUUUCAAGCCUUGAAGGAUCUCUCGGCCCUCAUACAAAACCCAGCAUUAGCAACUUCUCAGCAUCAGACUAACUACAUUUCGGCAACAGAGCAACUUUCGAAUUUGUACUUCACUUUGAUUCCGCAUGCGUUUGGAAGGAAUAAGCCUCCCGUUAUUCGAGAUACGACACUGCUCAAAAGAGAAAUAGAACUUCUCGAGAGCUUGUCGGAUAUGAAGGACGCAUCGCUACUCAUGAAGAAUGAGCAGAAAGAAGAGAUCAAUAAGCUUGACCAACAGUUCCAGAGCUUAGGAAUGAAUGAGAUGACUCCGCUUGAUCAGGAGAGCCCAGAGUUCACCCAGUUGGUGGACUACUUGGUGGAUACACGAGGAGCAACUCACAGCGCUAACUACCAGGUAUCGCAAAUUUUCAGAGUCGAGCGCAGCGGCGAAAAAGAUCGCUUAGAAGCCGUACAUGAGACAUACCAAGACAGACGACUUUUGUGGCACGGCUCUCGCUGCACCAAUUUUGGUGGUAUCCUCUCACAGGGAUUACGUAUCGCGCCUCCCGAGGCUCCGGUUACAGGUUACAUGUUCGGAAAGGGCAUCUACUUGGCGGAUAUGUCCAGCAAGUCUGCCAACUACUGCUACCCAUCGAUCAGCAACGGACAUGCGCUGCUUCUUCUUUGCGAAGCAGAACUUGGUGACCCUAUGCAGACACUCACCGGCGCCUCGUAUAGCGCUGCCGAAGAUGCUAAGUCGAAAGGAAUGUUAUCAACUUGGGGCCAGGGAUCCACAGGCCCGAGCCAAUGGAAAGAUGCCGAAUGCAUUCACCCAUCGUUAAAGGGAGUGAAAAUGCCCGAUACAAACGUGAAACCUGGUGCCACCGGCGUUCCUAAUGCCCAUCUUCUUUACAAUGAGUAUAUCUGCUACGAUAUCUCCCAAGUCCGCUUGCGAUACCUCCUUCGGGUCAGAAUGUAGAACCCUCAGACCUAGUGGUAAUUGUGCUCGGGAUCGUCGUAAUUGCUGAAGGUAUCUGUAUGAAUGAUUUUUGCUACUACAUCCAUCUACCCGAUCUAUGCUCAACUCCUUUGCUUUUAGGGUUAUAUAUUAGCUUAGCUAUGUGGCUCCAGGUGGUGUUACUAGAGCAAGUACUAUCAACGGCUGAUUUAAAAUGCGAUGAGUUUUGAAAGGGGAUAUGGUCGGCUUCGCCCGGGGAGAUAUGAAUGAAUGAUCCUUUAUAGCCCUCAGAUACUAAUUGAUGCUUAAAUAUAGACUUAACAGAUUCCUCAUGUGAUU